AUGUUGCCCUUGGGCAUCAUCUUUUUGUCAACCUUGUUCCUAAUAAACUCAUCGGAUGCUUGUCAUCCUGUUGAUCAAGAAGCAUUGCUGCAUUUCAAAGCUGGAAUCACUUCCGAUUCGACUAAUGCAUUGGGAUCAUGGGUUCCGACCACGGAUUGCUGCAACAGUUGGAACGGUAUUUUCUGCAAUCCUGAAGGAAGAGUUUUUAAAGUGACUCCGGCUGUGUGUAAUGAUGAUUCCUUUAUCGAAGUACCAAUGUCUGGAACUAUAUCGCCUUUUCUUGGCAACCUUUCCUACCUUGAAACACUUUGGUUCACGAAGCUAAAGAAUCUGACGGGUUUUAUUCCGCCCGAACUCGGAAAGUUAUCCAAACUGACUGAUCUCCGUCUUGAUCACAAUCAGCUGAGUGGAGAUACUUCUUGGUUUUCUAGUUUCGUUUCACUGAACAUUUUGGUUUUGUCUGAUAACAAUCUGACGGGGAAUAUUUCGUCAAUUUGCAAAAUUCGUUCCAUGAUGAUGCUAAACUUGAACAACAACAAGUUCACUGGAAUGUUACCCCAAGAUAUGGGAAUUACCAUGCCGAAUCUUAAUUCUUUAUAUCUCUCCAACAACAACUUCACCGAUUUGUCUCGAAAUAAGCUCACCGGCCCAAUCCCUUCCGAUCUUUUAAAUAUAAAGUCCAACAUACAUUCUCUGGAUUUGUCAUUUAAUCCUCUUGGACUAAUCAACAUACCAGCUUGGAUGCAAGGAUUGAGACAGCUAACCAGCUUAUCGUUGGCAAAGACGGGAAUCAAAGGGCCGCUUCCGCGUUGGCUACCUAGACUUUCACCGAAUUUGCAAAAGCUGAAUUUAGCAGAAAAUGAAUUGACGGGGCCAUUGCCAAGUUGGAUAGCAAACUUCACCAAGUUACGGGAGCUGAACUUAUCUUGCAAUGCAUUUGAAUCUUCUAUUCCAGCAGAAUUCCAGGAUAUGUACCCCCUAACAACCCUGGAUCUUCAUUCCAACAAGUUCUCAGGCGGGCUGAAACCCAUACUGGGAGCGUAUUAUGAUGAGGUACUUUGUUACGCAUACGAUGCCAUUGAUGUUUCCAACAAUUAUUUCUCUGGUCCAAUCGAAGAAAACAUUGGAGACGAAGGAUCCCUCGGUUACAUUACUUCCUUAAAACUGUCGAACAAUUUACUUGAAGGAACUAUACCAAAGUCGAUCGGAAAACUAGCGUCCUUGAAGGCUCUAUUGCUCGCGAACAACAGAUUAAGUGGUGGAAUCCCCGGAGAAGUGUCCAACCUCACAUUGCUUCACGAGUUUGAUGUUUCCGGGAAUCAUCUGAGUGGAAGUAUUCCUCGUUUCAAUGCGUCUGUCCCAAUCUCGGAAAAAGCGUUUUUAGGCAAUCCUGGAUUGUGCGGAGCUCCACUUCUUCCUUGCAAAAAACCGUAA